AUGAUUCCUCAGAUUGCUCAACACCCCCGACUAUCUCAGCAAUUCGGCAGCUAUGGCUUUGCUGUCCCUCCCUUUGAGCCCCUUCCAAGCCCAAGAAGAUUUGACCAGCCUGCCGCACCUUUGCCCUUUCGAAGCCCGCGAGAAUAUGGGCCAUCUGCGCCUGCUCAACCUCACCGUACAUAUCCCCUCGACAACCACGCCCCUCGUCGAACCGGGCUUGCCCGGGGAAGCUCUUCGGAGCAGGGUUUUGGGUCACAAUACAACGACCCCUCGGAGCAUAUGCUUCGUAGGAAAACGCCAAAUGGCACACUUGCGGCAGGCUACGAUGCCGGCAUACCUGUGCAAUGGUCAAGCAAAGCGCCGGCGCUGAAGCAUGUCAUACUCCCUUUUUCGGAUAGUUCUGCAAAUCGUGGUGAUAUAUAUUCACCAGCCAUCUUGAAUGGCCAGAACUCACGGCGCAGGUCUGGACAUUCAGGGUGGAGCCAUCCGCAACCAAAUCAAUAUGGUAGGGUCAACGGAGGUAGUAUGGAACAGCGCAUGACAGGUGAGAUGGAGAGUUGGACACACCAUCCUCCAGUGCCGGACGCGUCUCACAAUGUUUGGGAUAAUAUAGCAACACAUCAACCUGCCACUUAUUACCCUAAUACUGGCACUCAAAUUCCUACUGUACUUCAGCCACCUUAUCAACCAUCCCCUGGCCCUACGGCAUCUAAUGAUGGCGGGCUGUAUGGCCCAUAUUGGCCUGAUGGCAAAUUUGUUCCAUAUCGGCCAGCCGCAUUUCGUGGCCAUGGGAAUCACUAUUCUAUGCGAGAGUCUUAUUUGGAGGGAACCCCUCAGAACCACCCACAAACCCCUGCUGAUCUCUUGACCGGGUUCCGACAGCCAACUGCCAAUCUUGAAGUUGACCCUUCAGUGCGCAUUGGACAUCCUGCUUUUCAAUUCCAGGAAAACGGUGCCUCCGUACUGGGUCAACGCUUUGAGACGUCAACGCAGCCACAGCCUUUUCGCAUUGAUAGCGCAGCAUACUUACAGGGCUCGGAGGGGUCCAGAACCCCAACCGCAGAAUCCGUAAACAAGGCCAGUAGUCAUCGAUUCAAAGAGAAGACACUUUCUUGGGCCCACAGCAUAUACGUUGACCUACUGGCAUUCCUUCAUCAGUCAAAGAAAGACAGCAGAAUUUCAGGCCAGUCUACUGGCUCUAGAACCUAUUCGAAGACUAGUAUAUAUCCAAAGCCGCCUCGCCAACCGGCAUCUUACCUAGGUACUUCGCAAUGGGCUGGUCUGCACUCGGGGCCAAGUGAUAUCAGCAGUGCAAGACACGUCGGCUCUAUGCUGAGGCCAACAAAUCAGAGAGGCGCAAGUGGCGACUAUAACGCUUGGCAAGGAGGCGGCAUCCGUGAUACGAGACGUCCACGAAUUUCUACUGCUGAUGGGCGGCAAUAUAUGUCACCAUUUCAAGCGCCUCAAUAUCCUGCAACAAAUGCGCUUCACAAGGCAAAGGAAGCCCUUGAGCUUCUCACCAGCCUUUGCGAACAAAGUGGCUGGUGCUGGAUUGAUGGGAUGUUGCUGGGAGGCUGUCUGGCAUAUGGGCUAGAGCAGUAUCACAAUUCCCUCGAAUGGUAUUCAAAGAUCAUUUCUAUCGAUCCAAAACAUGUUGAAGCAAUAUCGAAUCUCGCGGCCACUCUCCUCUGUCUCAAUAGGCGUGAAGAGGCGGAGCAGCAUUGGCUGCAAUCCGUUAAACUUCGCCCCAGCUACUUUGAAGCAGUCGAGCACCUUAUUGGACUCCUUUGUGGGGACCAUCGAGGAAACGAAGCUGUCGCUAUUAUUGAUUUUGUAGAACGCUCACUUCGACUCCCUAAGUCUGAAGACUCCCAGGACUACUUCAGCGAAACAUCAAGUAAUGCGGAUCGUGAGUCUUGUGGGUCAGUGGGUACGUCCUCAGAGCACAUCGCACUUGACUACGAUGGUGAUGGUGAGAACCUGAUUCGGUCACCCUCAACACGAGAUGGCGAAGACAGCUUCAUGCAGCCUGGCUUUGGCUCCAGUGGCUUCUCAGUCCCGGGAUCUGAAAACGGGCGAAUAUUGGCUCUCGUCCACGCGAAAGGCAACAUGUUGUAUGCCCUUGGUGACGUCAACGGUGCCUCGAAAGCUUUCGAAGACGCUGUUCUCAUUAGUGCUGGAAGGGGCUUGCCUGGGAUACAGGGCUUGAUUCGAAGAAUCGUCAAUGUUCUUACUCUAGAUGGGGUUGCUGCAUUGCGUUCAGAUCUCAGACCCUCAAACACAGAAGAUGGGCCAUCCCCGCUUCUCCUCACUCCAGAUAAGGCAUUACAAACUGCCAAGCUGGUAUUUGCGAAAGAUGGUGAUUUGCCGGGUCUAAGUCAUGUUCCUCAUGGUCUUGCAAAAAAGGCAGCAAUAUCGACCACUAGCAACUCUCUCUUGUCUCUAGCAAAGAUAUUCCAAGACGCAAUGUCGAAUAGUAGCUCACAACAAAGGAUAACAAGAAUGCCAACAGGUGUCGGUGACAUUUUGGCGCUCUACUAUCUGUCGCUGUCACUCCAGCCGAGUCCAUCAACAGCCAACAAUGUGGGUAUCUUGUUAGCAAGUGUCCAGCAACCAGCGUCUCAUCGUCCAAUCGUGCAGAGAGAUGCUCCUAAUCUUCCAGCUGGCAUUGUUCCCGGCAGCGGGAUUGCUUUGGCCCUGGCAUAUUACAAUUAUGGACUGCUUUUAGACGCGAGGCAUGCUCACAUCUAUACCAAUCUUGGGAGUCUUCUCAAAGACAUUGGGCAACUAUCUUCCGCAAUAACAAUGUAUGAAAAGGCAGUUGCCUGCGACAGCUCAUUUGAUAUUGCCCUGGCAAAUCUCGCCAAUGCGGUCAAGGACCAGGGCCGAACGAGUGAUGCGAUUGAGUACUACAGGCGUGCAGUUGCAUCUAGCCCGGACUUUGCUGAAGCAGUAUGCGGGCUUGCCAACGCCCUGAAUUCUGUUUGCGAUUGGGCUGGAAGAGGGGGUGUCAUUCUUGAUGGAGGGAGACACGAUCGCUGGCAUGUCGACGAGACAGGAAUGAUUACCGAGGCCAGGACAAAUGCUGUCGGCGGAGGCUGGAUGAAGCGAGUCGUCGAUAUAGUUGCCAAGCAACUGAAAGAAGGCUCAGCGUGGGGUCGUGGGACUCUUCAGGAUCAAGUUUUACUUCAACUUCUCCAGCACCUGGAGGCAGCAGAUACUGGGGGCAGAUGGGCACCAGAAAAGCGAGCAAAGUUACAUGCAACCCUUAGUGCUUGGGCCGGACACCGCUGGGAGGGGUCACGUAUUGUCGGACUGAUUGAACGAGCUAUGAAAAGAUCCAUGCACAGAUGGUACCACGACAAGCACGUCAAGAAAAAAUCACUCCCAUCCUCUAGUUAUCCAAGACCACAACUGCCAGGGAGCCUAUCAGUUCCGACUGCGCCAACUGUUCUACCCUUCCAUACAUUUACGUGUCCGUUAUCCGCCAAGGACAUCCGUAUGAUCUCUCAACGUAAUGCACUCAGAAUUUCCUGUUCGACGCUUCGAGCACCAUGGAUGCCUACGUCUGUCUUCUCACCACCAUCACCGCCAACACCACACCUCAAUGUUGGAUAUGUAUCAUCUGAUUUUAAUAACCACCCCUUGGCUCAUUUAAUGCAAUCGGUCUUCGGUUUCCAUAACCCAGCUCGAGCGCGAGCAUUUUGUUAUGCUACAACAGCUAGUGACAACUCUGUGCACAGGCAACAAAUCGAGCGAGAGGCACCAGUAUUUCGCGAUGCAAGCACUUGGUCCGCAGACCGCCUGGUCCAUCAAAUUGUCCAGGAUGAAAUCCACAUACUCGUCAAUUUAAAUGGCUAUACCCGGGGAGCACGAAAUGAAGUGUUUGCCGCUCGGCCCGCUCCUAUUCAAAUGUCUUUCAUGGGAUUUGCGGGAACCCUAGGAGCAGAGUGGUGUGACUAUAUACUUGCAGAUAAAACCGCCAUCCCACCGGACACACUGCGGCCGUCGAGACAAAACCUUGGCCUCGAAGAUCAAUUGUUGGACCAACAGUCGCAUGAUGACGAAGACUGGGUAUAUUCUGAAAAUAUAAUUUUCUGCAAGGAGACAUUUUUCUGCUGUGAUCACGCGCAGUCUGAAUCUCGCGAAAGCCAGUCAAGUUGGGAGGAUGAGCAAUCCAAGAGAUGGAAAAUGCGGAAAAAUCUAUUUCCAAGCCUAUCUGAUGAUGCAAUCAUUCUUGGGAAUUUCAACCAGUUAUAUAAGAUUGAGCCUACGACGUUUCGUACUUGGUUAAGGAUACUAGACAAAGUUCCAAAAGCAAUUCUCUGGCUUCUACGCUUCCCCGACUUGGGCGAAAGUAAUCUGAAACGAACAGCACAAGAGUGGGCAGGAGACAGCGUUGCAUCACGAAUCUGGUUCACAGAUGUAGCCCCGAAGCACCAGCAUAUAUCUCGAGCGAGAGUUUGCGAUCUUUUUCUCGACACCCCAGAAUGUAACGCCCAUACGACUGCUGCUGAUGUUUUAUGGUCAAGCACUCCUCUGUUGACGCUUCCUCGAUAUAAAUACAAAAUGUGCUCUCGAAUGGCAGCGUCUAUCCUAAAGGGCGCGUUGCCGAAUAGUGAAGAAGGGCGGCAGGCGGCUAGAGAGCUCAUUGCGGAAGAUGACGACCAGUACGAGAAGUUUGCAAUUGAACUUGCUCGUAAUUUUCACUACCAGAUACAGCCCUCUGGCCAUGGGGAGGGGAUUGGCAGGCUCAGUGAGCUACGCAAAAUCCUCUUCGAUAGCCGUUGGACUUGUGCCCUAUUUGAUACGCGUAGAUGGGUCUCGGAUCUGGAAUCUGCAUAUGAUGAGGCUUGGCGCCGGUGGGUGUCGAAUGAAGGAGGUGACAUCUAUCUAUAG